AUGAUGAUGCGGUACAGUUUGCUAGUGAUACUGUGCUGUGGCGCUAGUGUAGUGACCGCUCAGACAUGGCUGCGUACGUUGAUCGACAACUCAAACGGAACGAUCGACGUGCACGCGUUCCCCGGCGAACAGUGUUUACGGGAGUGCGACAGCACCCAGCCGCGGAUCUGCCACUUCUCCUGGACGCUGGAACACUAUCACGCGAUGGGACCAGCCUGCCGAGCUUGCAGCCGAGGUCAACGGGAGGACUGCUUCCAUCCGGCCUGCCUCACGGCCGACGGCAUAGAGCGCGGCGUCAUGAGCAUCAACCGCAAGAUCCCGGGACCAGCGAUCAGCGUGUGCAAGGACGAUCUCAUCGUGAUCGACGUGACGAACGCGAUGGCCGGAACGGCCACCAGCCUCCACUGGCAUGGGCUACAUCAGCGGGCUACACCACACAUGGACGGUGUUCCGUUCGUGACCCAGUGUCCGAUCGCAUUUGGCAACACUUUCCGGUACGCGUUCCUGGCGACCGAAGCCGGCACUCAGUUCUAUCACUCCCACUCGGGGCACCACAAAGUAAACGGCCACUACGGGGCGCUGGUGGUCCGGGAACCUCGGUCGGCUGACCCAAACUCCCAGCUCUACCACUACGACACUCCGGCACACGUGUUGGUGGGCUCGGAUUGGAUGCACGUCGAUGGCGAGAUGUUUAUGCCGGGGUUGCCCUCGGCCGGUGGCAUACUACCGGUCAACCUGCUGAUCAACGGACGUGGGACUUUCGGCGGCGGGGAGGGUCAUGUCCGGAUGGAUGUCCCGCUGGAGGUGUUUUACGUACGCCGGGGAGCACGCUUUCGGUUCCGCUUCAUCAACGCCGCCAGCCACGUGUGUCCGUUGCAGCUCCAGAUAGAGGACCACACGAUGGAGAUCAUCGCCAGUGAUUCGUUUCAUUUGCAACCGCGCAAGGUGGACACAUUCGUCACUACGUCCGGCGAGCGGUACGACUUCGUGGUGGAUGCACAAGGCACCAAAGAUACCUACUGGAUUCGACUGCGAGCUCUGGGGCCCUGUGAGGCCCGCGAGCUGGAACAGUUUGCGGUGCUCAGCUACACGAACACACCCAGACAGCAGGCGGCCUUCCCGGCCCAGGAUCCGCCGCCGUACGAUAAGCCGUUCAGCAACGUGUACACCGCCAACCACCCGAACGCCACCUGUGGUCGGGCGGAGUUUGGAGAUUACUGCAUCACGGACUUCCAGGCGUACGACACGGACGAGUCGAUCAUCCACGGAGUGCCGGAUCACCAGUUCGAGCUGGGCUUCUACAACUAUCCCGUUUCGUUCCAUCACAUGUUUGAGACGCAUACCCACGAGCACUUUAUGAACAUCCAUGGCGAUCUGAUGCUGCAGGGGGCCAUCAACAACAUCAGCCUGGCGUAUCCUCCCUUUCCGCUGCUCACGCAACCCGAUCAGAUCGACGAGGAUAUGUUCUGUACGAACGAAAGCCGUCCGGCCCGUUGCGCCGAUCGGCAACUCUGUACCUGUACGCACCGGAUCAAGAUCAAGCUCGGCGAUCUGGUGGAACUUUACAUUCUCGAUCUGACACCCGCAGUCGACAACCUGAACCACCCGUUCCAUCUGCACGGCUACCAAAUGUUUGUGAUGGAGCUCGGCCAGGAUCGUCGGGUACCGAUCACGAUCGACAUAGCGCGGGACAUCGCAGCGCGACGGUUAACGGAGCGGACUACGGGUUUCCUGCCGCCGCGCAAGGACACCGUGUCGAUACCGAGCCGCGGGUACGCCCGGGUACGGUUCCGGGCGGACAACCCCGGGUUCUGGUUGAUGCACUGCCAUUACGAGUGGCAUACGGCCGUCGGAAUGGCGCUGGUGCUGCAGGUGGGCGAGACCGACCAAAUGGUGCCGGCUCCGAGUGGGUUCCCGAAGUGCAACAACUACGUCCCGAGCGUGGACGAGCAGCUGCUGGCGGGAAUCUAA